AAAUCAAAAAAGUUUACAUUUAUUAAAUAAUGAAUCAGUUAUGAGAUUAUAGUUGUUGAUUCUAUGUCAUGAUUUCUAAUAUUUUUGUUUUUUCACAUUUCUAAAUUUGAUUAUUUUUGUUUUUCUGACACUUUCAGGGAUUUUUUCAUAGUUUACAGGAUAAUUAAUGAAAUGAUUAUUAAUUCAACAAUCAGAUUAAAUUCAUCCAAACUUCCUUCAGUUGCUGGUUUGUGAGAAAAUAAAGACGCUGUUCUUCAUCAUGUGGGAAAGUAAGAAGUCAAAUGAAAAAAUUGAUUGAUUAAUGUUUGAUUUCCAUCCACUGAAGAGGAGAUUAACAACUGAUGGAGGUGGAGGGUGGUGUUUAGUUUUAAUGGGGUCUCUGAAAGACCCUAAACCUUCGCGGGGUUUGGUUCUGCAGGACUGUCUGAGGUUUGAUUCCAGAGUUGACUCGGAAGUUGCCGGAGCGUCCUCUGCGCCUCGGACCUGCGCAGUAGCGGACUGGGUGUAGUCUGGAGUCCCGUCUUUUCCUGCUGGAUUUGGUGCAUGGCGGCGGACACAAAGAGUUGAGGCCCCGAUCCCAGACCCUCACACAGCAGCACAGCCGGGAGACGAGCUCUGGACGCGGCCUGGAGCCGAGAGAAGCCGCCGCUGCCCAACUUUCCCCGCAUGUUUCUACUUGAUGCGUUUUACUGUUUCCUCGGGAAUCGGUCGGUAACCGGAUAGUUACCGAAAACUUCGGACGAGUUCAGGGAGAGUUUGUGUCGGAGCCGCGCACACAGUUUCAGGUCUCGGAGGAGGACGGACAGGACCGAAAAAAUGCGAAGUUUGAUCCGGGCUCUGGUCGCUUGGAGCUGGGUGGCGGCGGUGUGUGUCCGCGCCGCCAUGGACGAGUGUUCGGACGAGCAGGGCAGACCGCAGCGCUGCAUGCCCGAGUUCGUGAACGCGGCUUUUAACGUGACGGUGGUGGCGACCAACACCUGCGGCUCUCCGCCGGAGGAGUACUGCGUGCAGACCGGCGCCACCGGGGUCACCAAGUCCUGCCACAUCUGUGACGCCCGGGACCCGCGGAACCACCACAGCGCCGUGUACCUGACCGACUACAACAACCAGCAGGAUACCACCUGGUGGCAGAGCCAGACCAUGCUGGCGGGCAUCCAGUACCCGAACUCCAUCAACCUCACCCUGCAUCUCGGUAAGGCCUUCGACAUCACCUACGUGCGGCUCAAGUUCCACACCAGCCGGCCGGAGAGCUUCGCCAUCUACAAGCGAACCAGCGAGGGGGGGCCCUGGGUGCCGUACCAGUACUACAGCGGCUCCUGCGAGAAGACGUACCAGAAGCAGAGCCACGGCUUCAUCCGCACCGGAGAGGACGAGCAGCAGGCGCUCUGCACCGACGACUUCAGCGACAUCUCGCCGCUCACCGGCGGGAACGUGGCCUUCUCCACGCUGGAGGGGCGACCCAGCGCCUACAACUUCGACCACAGCCCCGUCCUCCAGGACUGGGUGACGGCCACCGACAUCAGAGUGACCCUGAACAGGCUCAACACGUUCGGAGACGAGGUGUUCAACGACCCCAAGGUCCUCAAGUCGUACUACUACGCCAUCUCUGACUUCGCCGUGGGAGGGAGGUGUAAGUGUAACGGCCACGCCAGUGAGUGCCUGAAGAACGGCAGAGGACGGCUGGUGUGUAACUGCAAACACAACACAGAGGGCGACGACUGCAACAUCUGCAAACCGUUCUUCAACGACCGGCCGUGGAGGAGAGCGACCGCCGACAACUCCAACGAGUGUCUGCCCUGCGACUGUAACGGGAAGAGUUCUGAGUGUUACUUCGACACGGAGCUGUACCGGGCCACAGGUCACGGAGGUCACUGCAGGAACUGCGCCGACAACACCGACGGCCCCAACUGUGAGCGUUGCCUGGACAACUACUACAGAGAGCAGAGCGGCGGCCGCUGCCUGCCCUGCAGCUGCAACUCUGUGGGCUCGGAGUCUCCUCAGUGUGACAACAGAGGAAUGUGUGCGUGUAAACCCGGAGUGACCGGAGAGAAGUGCGACCGCUGUCAGCCGGGAUACCACAGUCUGACCGAGGCCGGCUGCAGGCCUUGCUCUUGCUCGCCCUCUGGCAGCACUCAGGAGUGUGACGUCAACACGGGACAGUGUCGCUGCAAAGACAACGUGGAGGGCUUCAGCUGCGACAGGUGUAAACUGGGUUACUUCAACCUGGACCCCAACAACCCUCAGGGCUGCACACCCUGCUUCUGCUUCCAGCACUCGUCUGUGUGCGACAGCGCCGAGGGCUUCAGCGCCCACACCAUCAGCUCCUCCUUCUACAGAGAUGACGAGCAGUGGACCGGUCAGCAGCGUGAUGGAUCCAGUGUCUCUGUCCAGUGGUCCCCCAGCGGACAGGAGGUCUCCCUCAUCUCAGAAGACUACUUCCCCAUGUACUUCAUAGCCCCAGAGAAGUUUCUGGGGAACCAGAUGCUGAGUUACGGUCAGAACCUGAGUCUGAGUUUCCGGGUGGACCGACGGGACACCCGUCUGUCUGCAGAGGAUCUGGUUCUGGAGGGAGCUAAUCUGAGGGUGGCUGUCCCCCUUAUCGCCCAGGGCAACGCCUACCCCAACGAGAACAUGCAGACAUACGUGUUCAGGCUCCAUGACAGCACUGAUUAUCCCUGGAGGCCGACCAUCAGUCACUCUGACUUCCAGAAACUUCUGCACAACCUGACGGCCAUCAAGAUCCGAGGCACCUACAGCGAGAGGAGUGCCGGUUACCUUGACGAUGUCUCCUUGGUGACAGCGAGGCAGGGUCCAGGUGCCCCGGCCCGCUGGGUAGAGCAGUGCACCUGUCCUCAGGGUUACCAGGGUCAACACUGUGAGCAGUGCACUGUGGGAUACCGCCGCGCUCGCCCGGAGCUCGGAGCCUUUAGCCCCUGUGAGGCCUGCAACUGUAACGGACACAGCGAAGCCUGCAACCCCGACACAGGAGCUUGUGACUGUCAGCACAACACGGCUGGUCUGAGCUGCGAGCGCUGUAAAGACGGUUUCUACGGCGACGCCACCCAGGGGACGUCAGGUGACUGUAAGCCUUGUCCCUGUCCAGCCGGAGCCACCUGCGCUGUGGUCCCCAAAACCAGAGAGGUGGUCUGCACCAACUGUCCCACAGGAACCACAGGUAAGCGCUGUGAGCUCUGUGACGACGGUUUCUUCGGGGACCCUCUGGGUCAGAACGGUCCGAUCCGAGCCUGCCGAGCCUGCAAGUGCAGUGACAACAUCGACCCCAACGCCGUCGGCAACUGCAACCGAGAGACUGGAGAGUGUCUGAAGUGCAUCUACAACACCGACGGCUUCUUCUGCGACCGCUGCAAGGAGGGUUUCUAUGGCAACGCCCUGGCUACCAACCCCGCGGACAAGUGCAAACCCUGCUCCUGUUCUCCUCUCGGUACCGUGGACCGUCAGACCAGCUGCUCCCAGGUCACGGGUCAGUGUCAGUGUCUCCCCAACGUCGCUGAGCGUGACUGCAGCGCCUGCCAGCCCGGCUUCUUCAACCUGCAGAGCGGCAACGGCUGCGAACGGUGCAACUGUAAUCCCAUUGGCUCUACCAACGGUCAGUGUGACAUCACUUCAGGACAGUGCGAGUGUCAGCCCGGCGUCACCGGCCUGCACUGCGAACGCUGCGAGGUCAACUUCUUCGGCUUCAGCUCGUCCGGCUGCAAACCCUGCGACUGUGACCCCGAGGGCUCUCAGUCGGGUCAGUGUAAGGAGGACGGCCGCUGCGAGUGUCGGCCCGGCUUCGUCGGAGCUCGAUGUGACAUGUGUGAGGAAAAUUACUUCUACAACCGCUCGGUGCCGGGCUGCCAGCAGUGCCCCUCCUGCUACAGUCUGGUCAGAGACAAGGUGAACCAGCAGAGGCAGAAGCUUCACGACCUGCAGACCUUGAUCGAUAACCUGGGCUCAGGUCAGGAGACCGUCAGCGAUAAGGCCUUCGAGGACCGACUGAAGGAGGCGGAGCGAGCCAUCAUGGAGCUGCUGGAGGAGGCUCAGACCAGCAAAGACGUAGACAAAGGCCUGCUGGAUCGCCUGAACACCAUCAACAACACUCUGACCACUCAGUGGAACCGACUGCAGAGCAUCCGCAACACGGUGGACGACACCGGCAGUCAGGCCGACCGCGCCCGCACCCGAGUCCGUGACGCCGAGAACCUGAUCAACCAAGCCCGGCUGGAGCUGGACAAGGCCAAGGACGCCGUCAGCAAAGUGGACAUCAAACCCCCCGGCGGCACCGGAGAGCCCAACAACAUGACGCUGCUGGCUGAGGAGGCUCGAAGACUGGCUGAGAAGCACAAGAUGGACGCCGAUCAGAUUGAGAAGAUCGCCAAGGACGCCAACGACACGUCGACCAAAGCGUACAACCUGCUGAUGAAGACUCUGGACGGAGAGAGCAGGACGAGCCAGGAGAUCGACGAGCUCAACAGGAAGUACAACGAAGCCAAGGAGCUGGCUAAGAACCUGGAGAAACAGGCCAACAAGGUCCAGGCCGAGGCCGAAGACGCCGGGAACAAAGCUCUGAAGAUCUUCGCCAACCUGACCAGCCUCCCGCCGUUCAACACCAAGGCUCUGGAGGACGAAGCCACAAAGAUCAAGAAGGAGGCGUCGGACCUGGACAAGCUGAUCGACAAGACGGAGAAGGAGUACAAUGACCUCAGAGAGGACCUGAAGCCCAAAGAGCUGGAAGUCCGCAAACUGCUGGAGAAAGGCAAAAGUGAGCAGCAGACUGCUGAUCAGCUGUUAGCUCGCGCAGAUGCCGCCAAAGCUCUGGCAGAGGAAGCGGCGAAGAAGGGUCAGUCGACCUUCAGGGAGGCCGAGGGCAUCCUGAACGACCUCAGAGACUUUGACAAGAGGGUCAACGACAACAAAACUGCCGCUGAAGAGGCCAUGAAGAAGAUCCCCGCCAUCAACGCCACCAUCAUGGCCGCCAACGAGAAGACCAGGCAGGCGGAGGCGGCGCUCGGAAACGCAGCCGCAGACGCCCGUGAGGCCAAGAACAAGGCGGAGGAGGCGGAGAGGAUCGCCAGCAAUGUGCAGAAGGGCUCAGCCAAGACCAAGGAGGACGCGGAGAAGGCGUUCCAGGACACCAACAAGCUGGACAACGAGGUCAACGACAUGAUGGACCAGCUGAGCACUGCCGAGCAGGAGCUGGCCAGGAAGAAGGCGGAGGCUGACCAGGACAUGAUGAUGGCGGGAAUGGCGUCCAACAAUGCCAAGGAGGCGGAGGACAACGCCCGCAAAGCCAAGAGCGCCGUGAAGACGGUCCUGAGCACCAUCACCGCCCUGCUGGAUCAGCUGGGAAACAUUGACAAGGUGGACCUGAGCAAACUGAACCAGAUCGACGAGUCACUGAAGCGGGCCAAGGGCAAGAUGGCCGACAGUGAUCUGGACAGGAAGCUGGCGGAGCUGAACAACGUAGCGCAGACCCAGGAGGAGAUGAUCAACGACUACGACCGGCAGAUCCGCGAGAUCCGCGCUGACAUCAACAACCUCAACGACAUCAAGAACACGUUACCUGACGGCUGCUUCAACACGCCGUCCCUGGAGAGGCCUUAACCCCGCCCUCCUCCUCCUCCUCCUCCUCCACCGCCCCGCCUCCAACACUCCCCCCUUCACAUCUAACACUCCGGCGAACAUGCCGACUUUUACCAAAACAGUUUUUUAAACCUUUUGUUUUCAGAUUCUUGUCUUUGAUUUUCAAAACCACGUUCACGGUUUUUUAACGAAAGAGAAGCAGCUGUUUUUUGUUUUUUUUUGUUUUUGUUUUUUCAAGACGCAGUAACGUGGUUACGGUAGAAUGAACUAAGCGGCGUAGAGAAGCCGUGCAGAGAGGUGGAGGACCUCGGAGAAAAACCAGAACCACAAUCCCGACGUGACUGCACCCGUCUGAAGUUUCACCGACGCAGAAAAAACCACAGAAGAAGUUCCUCCCGCCUCGAGGAACGUCCGCUCGCGUUUUCGUCUUUCACCCGUCACUCCAUCAGUUCUCAGCCAGCUGAAUGUACGGCGACACUGUUAGAACCUUUUUCUCUUUUACUUUGAAACCAGAAACCACACAGUGAAGGAAUCCUCUCUUCUUUGAUUUUCUCUCCUCUUUUCUCCCAAAGCUUCAGAGGAAGUGUUUCACUCCUCUCUUCAGCAGUAUUUUCACCUCCAGUGAGUCGCGACCAUGAGCAAAGUCCAGCUGGCUCUGCUGGUCUACAUCAAACCAGACGCACCUGAAGUCCUGACCUGAAAGUCUUGUGCAAGUUUUUUAUUAAACUAGAGUUUUGUUCCCAUGAGAAAUGUUGGACAGACCACGAGUUCUGAUCUCACAAUCUGUCACAGAGAUCUGGUGGGAACACGUUCCUUGGCGUUGUGUUCAGGAUCAUGCAGGAACACGACAGCUUCUUUAUCGUGUGUGCAAGACUACAUGGGAACGAGAUAUUAGUUCCCACACAUUGUCUUCUACAAGUGUUAUUAACCUGCACACAGAAGGUAUUAGUGAGUAAUUAUCUUGUGAACGUCUCUCAGGACUUCAGGCGCUCUGUCUUUGAUCUACGGUGGCUGACGAUGUCAAACGAGCUGCAACGGCCCAAAACUCUUCCAUCAGGAGAAACGAACUGCAGAUUCAAAAAACACAAACGAAAAUACAAAAACAAACACAACAAUGGAAACGAGCUGCAGAUGAAACAACGAGCUGCAGGAAGAUGAAACAAAAACAUGAACAACAAACACGUUGCAAAUACACAAACAACAACAAGAACACACAAACCUCCAAAACAAAUGCAACAGAGAAAACGGGAGACAACACAUGCAGAAGAGCUCCAGGCCUGUAGGAGGAGCUUCAGGCCUGUAGGAGGAGCUCCAGGCCUGUAGGAGGAGCUCCAGGCCUGUAGGAGGAGCUCCAGGCCUGUAGGAGGAGCUUCAGGCCUGUAGGAGGAGCUCCAGGCCUGUAGGAGGAGCUCUCAGUGGAACACCCACAGACUGUCUAUAAGCUAACGCUAACGCUUGCUACAUUAUCUGUUGCUCUUUUAUAAUAGUGUAACAACUACGGACAAAUGUAACAACUCUUGUUUCCACCUUCAUACUCUCUCGUUGGGUCAAAGGUCAAAGGUCCACUCCUAAUUCUCGAAGUUCAAGCUAAUGCUCAAGGUGUUAGAGCUCCCCCUACAGGCCUGGAGCUCUUCUGUUGUGUUGUUUGGAUAUGCAGCGUUUUUAUUUGACAGUCGGAGCCGGAGCCGUAGUGUUUUCAGGUUGUGCGUCCGUACGUCCCAUUCUCUAGAUCAAAGGUCAAAGGUCAUGGUCGUGGCGACCUCACAAUGGCCUUGUAACGCCUUGAGGGAAUUUCUUUAGAUUUGGUAAAAACCUGGACUCAAGGAGGAGCUGAUUAGAAUCUGGUGGCCAAAGUUCAAAGGUCAAGGCCACAGGGAUCUCACAGAACAUGAUUUUGGAUUUGUGAACACGAUAUCUCGAGAACACAAAGUGUUUUGGCGCUGGGAUACAACUGCGAGGCGGUAGUUCUAGUUCCUGUUGCAUAAUGUUUGGAGGUUUGUGUGUUGUUGUUGUUGUUUGUGAAUUUGCGGCGUGUUUGUUUCUGUUUUGACGUCCUGCAGCUCGUUGUUUCAUCUGCGGCUCGUUUCCGUUCUUGUUCGUUUGUGUUUCUGAACUUGCAGCUCGUUUCUCCUGAUGGAAGCGUUCUGGGCCGUUGCAGCUCGUUGGACCUCGUCAGCCACCGUAUGAAUCAGCUGUGACGCUUCUCACUGCGGUCAAACACCAUUUCAUGUACGGACGUUACAACACCACACAGCUUCUUUUUUAUCGUCUGUCCUUCUCCCACAAGUUGCUGCUUAUCACUGGUGUUUUUUUGUUUUUUUUACCAAUCACACAUUAACAUUUUCCUCCAGGCUAAAAUCCAACACUAUGCAACUUUGUACAUUUUGCGUAGCGAGAAUUUUUAUCUGAUACACUGGUGCUAAUAAUUAUUUCAAAUGUUAUAUUUUUGUGUGAAUGUUUUUUAUUAUGACAUAGAGUGAGGAUUUGUUAUUUGUGUAAAUAUAUGCUUCAAUGAUUCAGGACUGGCUGAUUCUAAGAAAUAAAACUCCAACAUGCAAAACAGCCACUUCAAGUUCUAUCACAAUCAAUCAACUGAAACCUCCAGGUUAAAUAUAUAUAGAUCUCUAUGAUAACGUCUGUGGUAUGUUAUUAUUAUCAUAUGCUUGCUUGUAUACAAGGCUCAGUGUUGCUGCCUCAUAGCGAUGCCAAUAUUUCAUUUGUGUUUUAUUGAUUCUCUGGGUUUUCAAUCGUUAACUCGACCUAACUGAAUAUUUUUGUUUAUAGUUUUUUUUUUUUUUUUUGGCCCUUUCACCAAUCAGGAUGUGUUUCAGAGCGGUGGGCGUGGCCCGCCACCUCGUUUUUACUGAAUUUAUUGGCUCGACUCCAUAAUGAGAUGAUGAGCUCGGUCACGUUGCUACGGUAGUUAACUGUUUUUAAUUAGUGUUUUGUGCCUUAAUAUAAAGUUUGGUUGUAAUCACAGCCCCAGUGACGGGCUCCACUUGUUAUCUCACAGAAAUGUCCUCGUCGUUCUCGCUCAUUCACGCCGUCUCCUCCUGUCGGUACUGAAGCAGGGUUCUUUAAACAUCAGGUCCAAACAGAGCCAAAAAAAGAUCCUGAUCCAGGAAGUAAGAGUCGAACACUUUGUUAGUUUAACAUCUGAACCUGAACAGAAGAAGAGUUUCUGUGACAGAGGAUCUAAAUGAUCUGGACUCUUACAACUUGUCAUCCAUUUUGUUCUUUCUCUCCCUCCAUCCUUUCUCCCGCUCUGCAGGACGUGCAGCACACGCAGACAUGAUGUAUAAACAGUAUUUUAAGUUAUAAUGUACCAGUUAUUUGUGUUGUAACCCUGUUGUCUUAGAUGGUGACGUGUGUGUGCUGCGCAGCCUGCAGGACGCCUCUGUGACGUCAUGUUUUCCCGCCCUGCGAGGACCUGAAUGACCCUGUUUGUCCCCAUGUGCCUGUAAAUCCAAACUUAACAUUUGAAUAAUAAAAAGAUUACUA